CUGCACAUGCGUACUCAAGGGCACCGACUGAGCAAACAUGGCGGCGGCAAUGCGAGCGCUGGCGGCUGGAGCCAGGCUGCGCGUUCUCCCCGGGGGCCUGAGCACCGCGGUCCGCAGCCUUUGCAGCCAGCCCGUCUCGGUUAACGAGCGCAUCGAGAACAAGCGCCGCGCCGCGCUGCUGGGAGGGGGCCAGCGCCGCAUCGAAGCGCAGCAUAAGCGAGGAAAGCUGACGGCCAGGGAACGGAUCAGCCUCUUACUGGACCCUGGCAGCUUUGUGGAGAGCGACAUGUUCGUGGAACACAGAUGUGCAGAUUUUGGAAUGGCUGCUGAUAAGAAUAAGUUUCCUGGAGACAGCGUCGUCACUGGACACGGCCGAAUACAUGGGAGAUUGGUUUAUAUCUUCAGUCAGGACUUCACAGUUUUUGGAGGCAGUCUGUCAGGAGCUCAUGCCCAAAAGAUCUGCAAAAUCAUGGACCAGGCCCUCACCGUCGGGGCACCAGUGAUUGGGCUCAACGACUCUGGUGGAGCGCGGAUCCAAGAGGGGGUGGAGUCCUUGGCUGGCUACGCAGACAUCUUUCUGAGGAAUGUCGUGGCAUCCGGAGUCAUCCCCCAGAUUUCUCUGAUCAUGGGCCCGUGUGCUGGUGGGGCUGUCUACUCCCCGGCCCUGACGGACUUCACGUUCAUGGUAAAGGACACCUCCUACCUGUUCAUCACUGGCCCUGACGUUGUGAAGUCUGUCACAAAUGAGGAUGUCACCCAGGAGGAGCUGGGUGGUGCCAAGACCCACACCACCAUGUCAGGUGUGGCCCACAGAGCUUUUGAAAAUGACGUUGACGCCUUGUGUAAUCUCCGAGAGUUCUUCAACUUCCUCCCCCUCAGCAACCAGGACCCAGCUCCCAUCCGCGAGUGCCAUGACCCCAGUGACCGCCUGGUUCCUGAGCUUGACACAGUUGUCCCUUUGGAAUCUACCAAGGCCUACGACAUGGUGGACAUCGUACAUUCCGUUGUUGAUGAACGAGAAUUUUUUGAGAUCAUGCCACAUUAUGCCAAGAACAUCAUUGUUGGUUUUGCAAGAAUGAAUGGGAGGACUGUUGGGAUUGUUGGCAACCAACCUAAGGUGGCCUCAGGAUGCUUGGAUAUUAAUUCAUCCGUGAAAGGGGCUCGCUUUGUCAGAUUCUGUGAUGCAUUCAACAUUCCACUCAUCACUUUCGUUGAUGUCCCUGGCUUUCUGCCUGGCACAGCACAGGAGUACGGGGGCAUCAUCCGGCAUGGCGCUAAGCUUCUCUACGCAUUUGCUGAGGCAACUGUGCCCAAGGUCACAGUCAUCACCAGGAAGGCCUAUGGAGGUGCUUAUGAUGUCAUGAGCUCUAAGCACCUUUGUGGUGAUACCAACUAUGCCUGGCCCACAGCAGAGAUUGCAGUCAUGGGAGCAAAGGGUGCUGUGGAGAUCAUCUUCAAAGGCCAUGAAAAUGUGGAGGCUGCUCAGGCAGAAUACAUCGAGAAGUUUGCCAACCCUUUUCCUGCAGCAGUGAGAGGGUUUGUAGAUGACAUCAUCCAGCCUUCUACCACUCGUGCCCGUAUCUGCCGUGACCUGGAUGUCUUGGUUAGCAAGAAAGUACAUCGUCCUUGGAGGAAACAUGCAAAUAUUCCCUUGUAAACAAAUCAAAGAAGAAUGAACCAAGAGCUAAAAUUACUGUCUGACCAUUCAUACACCCCAUCUGACCUUUUGUAUUCAUGAAACCUGUGGCCAAGAUUACUAAAUUCUAGAAGCAUUUCUUUCAUGCCUUAUUGUAAAAUUUUUUGCUUUAUUAAAAAUUUUAAUUGAUA